UUCACUUUUCACCUUAUCUGAAUUGAUUAAAAUGACAGUUUUACAUACUGAUUGCAUUCGUUGUAUGAUGAGCUCAGAGUGUACUAGUAUUUUUCAUAUUUAUCAUGAUGACAGUUAAAUAAAAAGCAUUAACCUUUCUCAAAUAUUAAUGUUCAUAUAUAAUCCUCAUUGGAGAAUAUAAUAGCUGCAAUGAGUAUACAAAUGAAAGAAACACUUCAUGAUGAUGAAUAUUAUUUACAACUUACCAAUAACCCAAUUAGAUUUGAAGCAGUUAGCCAGUUGACCAAUGUUUUCUUUGAUGAUUCUAACAGACAGGUGUUUGCCAUACGAUCUGGAGGUGUUACAGGAGUAGUUGUCAAAGGGCCUGAUGAAGAUGAAAACAUCAGCUUCAGGAUGGAGGAUAAGGGUCCUGUUAUCUCCAUAAAAUUCUCACCUGAUAGAAAAAUCUUAGCUGUGCAACGAACAAAUACAACUGUUGAAUUUAUGAAUUUUGUUAAUUCAACACUUGAUCCACUUGAGUAUUCAUUGAAUUGUAAAGCAAAAUCCAUAAUUGUAGGAUUUAUAUGGAUUUGCCAUAAUGAAAUUGCUGUUAUAACUGAUCAAGGCAUUGAGUUGCAUAUUAUUACUCCAGAAAAACAUUCGCUUAAACUUAUUAAAACAUUGGCUACAUCUGUGCAAUGGUUCACUUGGUGCUCAUCGAAAGGAAUCGCAUUGUUGGCUAGCAGUCCAGGAUUAUUUCUUCAACCGGUGCAAUUUAAACCUGGGACUAUGACUAAAUUACCAAGACUUGAAAUGGAACCUGGUCGAAGUGUAAUGGAAAGAGAUGUAACAUUGGCUCAACUAUAUGGCUCUGUUUAUGCACUAAUCUUACGUCAUAAUCCAGAAAAGUCUGCAGAAGUACAAAUAUAUACUUUAGACUCACCAUCUCCAAGAAAGAGAUAUGUAUUGCAGUUAGGACUGUCUGGUCGUUUUGCUGUAAAUGUAGUUGAUGAUUUGAUUGUUGUGCAUCAUCAGGCUUCCAAAACAUCUCUGCUUUUUGACAUAUAUUUACAUGGUGAAUCAACAAAUAGUGGAGUCACUUAUCAUUUGCCACUGGCUCCUGCUCGUUCUAUUAAACCAUGUCUAUUGAAGCAUAAUAGUCUGGAAUCACCAACAAUUAAUUGCGACUUGUAUUCAGCAACAUGGGUUGUAUUUCAGCCAGAUGUUGUAAUUGAUGCGAGAUUAGGAUGCUUUUGGUGCAUAUCAUUAAAUUUAUCAGCUUUGUGCAAACUGGUUGUUGACAGAGUUAUAUUAUGUGAAAUACUAUUGAAUCGGACUAAUGGCAAAUCAUGGCUCGUUAAAAUGUUAAAGCAGUUGUUAAAUGAAACAGAUGCUAGUACUUUAUUGCCUACAAUAAGUGAAGUCUUCACGACAUUGAACAAAGUGUAUAAAGGGUGGUUAGAUUCUGAAUUACAAUCACAAACUGCCACUGUGGCUUCUGUGAAGCCGAUACCGAUGAAACAUGCAAUGCCCAGAGUAAUGCUUGCGCAACAUGAUAUGUACAGUCAUGUUUUGCAAGGCUUACAAGAUGCACCUCAUAUUGGUUGGGUGUUGAUUUGUUAUCUCAAAAGUCUGACGGAACAUUCAAUUCCCGCAGGUCAUGCUUUAACCGAAUUACUCAUUACAACAUUAAUGAGGAAAGAAAAAUUUAGCACACUACAACAAUUGCUGCAAUAUGGAGUAUUAGCAGAUAGCAAACCUUUGGCUUGUAUGCUUGUUUCAUUAUCUCACUUGUAUCCCGCAGCAAGGCAAAUAGCCAAAGAUAUGUUGGCUAGAUUAAAUGCACAUGAGGAAUUAUUAGAAGUAUUAUUUAGUGAAGGUGAAGUUUUAGAAGCCUUAAGAUUAGCACGAAAUGUUCAAGGAACAGACUCAAUAUCAGCUCGUAAAUUUCUUCAAAGUGCUCAAAAUACUGGAGAUGCCCUAGUUUUUUAUGCAGUUUAUGAUUUUUUUGUACAGCGAAAUAUAAAACUGACUGGAUCUUCAGCAUUUUCUAAAAGUGAUCAUUGUGAUACAUUCGUUAAACAUUAUAAUACAUUAUUUCCUACACAAUAAUAUUUUUAUAAAAUAACU